UUGUCGGCGGCGCCAAAGUACUGCAAACCCGCGGAGCGGCGCUUGCCUCCAUGCUGCCGGCUGAGUGCUCCCGCCGCCUGCUGGCCGAGCUGCAGGGCGCGCUGGACGCCUGCGCCGAGAGACAGCAGCAGCUGGAGCGGAACCUUGGCGUCUGCCGACGGCUCCUGCGGGCCUGGGAACCAGCCAAGACCUUGGCUCCAGAGCCUACUCCCGGGUCAGAAACCAAAGAGGACGACCCGACUCUAGUGUGCACCCCCAUUCCCCAAGACCUGCAAGAGCUGGAACUUCUCACGCAGGCCCUGGAGAAGGCUGUGCGGGUGCGUGAAAGUGUCUCCAGGGCCGCAGCAAGAGAUAAGAAGGCCGCUAGCUGGCAGCCUGGGUCCUCCGCUGCUGCCUCGCUCAGGACCACAGCCUCAGCGUCCAGCCAGGGGGGCCUGCAUCCAUCAGGACCAGGACCCACUAAGGGCAUUCGCCAGGCCGCAGCGCCUGCCAAGGACCGCCCUGAGCUCAGGCCUUUGCCGGGCGGCAGGGACAGGGUCCUGCCUGCCAAGCCUGGACACAGCCUUGAAGACCAGCAGGCAGCCCCGUUCAGCGCUCCUCAGGCCUUAGCAGCCUUCACACUCGAGGAGCACGGGAGGUUGUUGCGGUUGCCUGUGGCCCUCAGGAAGGCAAUUUCCCAGAACUUCCGCCUGUGGGCCCAGCUCAGCUCUGUGCAGACCAGUGACUCCUCGGAUGGUGCUGCGGUGGCGGCCAAAGCCCACUUCCUGCAGAAGCUUCAGGUGGCUAUAUCCUUGCAGGCCCACGGGAGCCAUGGCCGGCUUCUGGCUCUAAACCUUACAGGUCUGAAGGGUCACUCUCCGGCCUUGGGCAUGGUAGGGGCAGAACCUGGCCACAGAGGUUUCCUUGACCUGUGUCCAAUCUGGCUGGCCCAGCCCGGGGCUCAGUGGUGCCGAGGUGCAGCUGCAGAUGCGCUGCUGCGGAAGGCCUGUUCACUGAUGAGACUGCACAUGCGGGAGGCACUCGCCACAGCGCCCACCGACUGGAUACAGGAGUACCACUGCCUGCUCACCCUGGAGGGGCUGCAGGCCAUGGUGGGCCAGUGUCUGCGGAGGCUACAGGAGCUGCGGGCAGCAGUGCUGGAACAACCCCCAGGGCCACACCCUGCAAGAUGGCACCACCAGUCCUCUGUACCCCACGAAGAUAGGGCAGGCCCUGCCGGGCGCCCCCAGCUUCUCCUCUACUCUGGCACCCAGGAACUGCAGACCCUGGCAGCCUGUAACCUACGGGUGGCCAUGCUGGACCAGCAGAUCCACUUACAAAAGGUCCUGAUGGCAGAACUGCUCCCGCUGGUGGGUUCCCAGGAACCCCCCAGGCCACCCAGCCUGGCCCUGUGCCGCGCCCUGCAUAGCCUGCUCUGUGAGAGUGGCGCACACUUCCUCACCGUCCUGCGAGAUGACCCCGUGGACGCCCCUGCUGACUAAGGCCUGGGCACAGAGGCAAGUUCCUUCCCAGCAGGGCACAGCCCGGGGCCAGCAGGAGCCUGCCAGGGUGUCUCCCACACAUGAAGCCCCUCAGGGGUGACAGA